AUGACCGCCCGCAAAUCAGCGUCGACAUCUACGCCGACAAAACGCGUAGAGGCAGACUCGACAACGCCUUCCCCCACGCAGUCUCCUGGGCAGAUCGACAGAGGAGACUUGCCAGAGAUUGCUCGCUCAACAGCUGGCAGUGAUGUUGCGGAUCGGGACCAGUCGACUUCACCGACAGUCCACAGGGACAAGAGGCACCGCUUCGACGAUUCUACAUCGGCGGCCACCACCACUUUUGCCGAUGCGCGACCAGGACCAUUCAAGGGCACCAAGCGCAAAGCAAAAUACAUCCCCAAUCGCGUCAAGCGCUAUCAUGAAAGGUCGCUCGCCGGUUGUCUCACUUGUCGUAAACGUCGAGUCAAAUGCGACGAGGUCAGACCUGUUUGUCGGAGAUGCUCAACUGGCGAUAGAGAGUGCAUUUAUGCCGAAUCAUCCGCAUCAUCCAGCUCGAGUCAAGCCGUCCAAACAAGUCAACCUUCCGCGCUUACAAGCUCCUCGGCAGGCAGCAGCUCGCCAACCUUACCCGGAAUUCAAGUCUCUUCGCUCCUCCAUCCUUCACAGCCAGCCGAAGCACUCGAUGCCGCCGGGAGCGCCAGUGGGCUUGCUUCACAGUUGUCCCCUCCUGAAGGCCUCGGCGCUGCCCUCUUCUCUCGUCACUAUGGACCGUUUAUCUCCACCUCACCGCAGUCGCCUUUGGACGAACACGCCGCGAAUUCGUCGCAUCCACACGCAUACGAUCGCACCCGAGCAUCUACCAGCACACAUCACGAUCGCUACCGCACUGCAAAUGACUCCAGCUACCAAUCCGAUCCUGCAAGACAUGCCUCCUCUCAAUACGACCACCAUCGACCACAGUCGCAUUAUCACUUCUACCGCGGCUCCUUCGCCUCCUCCUCCAUCGACAUCUCUAAAGUCAAACUCCCCGAACUGCCACCAGGUCUUGGCUUCGACCACCUUGAUGCCUACUUUCCAACCUAUGAGCAACAAUGUCUCUUUCGUCACUAUAUUCUUGAGGUAGCGCCACAACUAUGCGUUAUCAGCAUACCGCUCUCAGACAAUCGAUGGAUUCGAUAUCAUGCCACGUUCGCCGUACGUCAUCCUCACGGCACAAACGGAUAUGAAGACGCUCUCCGUUCAGCUCUCCUCAGUAUGGCCAGUCUCGACAUUGGACACAAGCUUUCCCAAGCGCCCAUUCCCGAUUUGUUCCCGGCAGUUGCGUCGCGACCCGAGGAUCCGUCACCCAUCUCCGAAAAGCAUGACCACAGCACCAGCCGUCAGACAGGACCACCGCUGACCAACAUUGGCCAGUAUCAAGGUCGUAAGCAUGGCGAAUACAAUGUUGCGUCCAGUAUGGCCGGCCUAACUGACCCAAUCAAUGAUCCGGGCACCAAGAGCAUCAUGUCCAACGUUUUACUUGAACUGAGCAAUUUACGUCGAGAAGAGUCUCUCCGCUUGCUACGAACCACUCUCAAAGAGAGGCCUGCCCCGCUGGAUCGCAGCAACGCCGCCAUUAUGCUUGCUACCGUUCUCGGCUUGGCGACCCGCGACAGGUUGGCUGCACAGCAAGACUGGCAAGACGCACUGCACAUCGCUUCCCGUGCCAUUGCCGAGUUGGGAGGACCUGCAGCCUUUGUCGACCAAUCCGACCCCUCCAGUCUCUUUCUCAUCGAGCAGAUAGCAUGCUUCGAUGCGCUUAGCUCGCUCACCUCGGACGACUACACGCUGUUCUUACAGCCCUGGGAUGACUGGUGGUAUGCCUUGAUGGACUCUCCCAGAAGCAUCAAAGAAGACAGCGUUCUCCAGACCUUCGGACUGCAUCGAGGCAUGAUCGACAUGCUGGCGAGGAUGACCAGGGUUGAAGCAACGCGCAGAGAGCUGCAGGAAAGGACAAGCGUUACCAUCAUCCUUUCGGAGACAGUGGGUGGCGGGUCGCCCCCUGCCCUACCACCAGAGUACGAGGAAACCAGAUUGUGGCUAGAGUCGACAGCACGAGCAUUGGUAGCUGAGAUCCCAAUCUGGGCCAAGAUGCCUUUUCCAGCAGAAGCGACGCGAACGCUGCAAACUUUGUUGCCGGUCAUUAUGAACCAUCUCUACGUCGCCGCCGCAGAGCUGUACAUCCAUUCGGUCAUCUUCUCAAAACCAGCGGACCACCCUUGCUUUGCCGAGCCUACUGCCGUCGUGCUCAAUCGGUCGGAAGAAGCCAUCCAAGCAGGCAUCACCAAAGGGCUUGUCCUCCCCCUCUCGUUCGCGGCCUUCUCUGCACGGCAUCAAGACCGCGACCGAAUCCGAGCAAUGUUUCAUGAACUGCGUCCUUACUACAAGUUUGACCUGGAACGUAUGGAGAAGCUCAACGAGCAUCUUUGGAGCCUCGUCGACAGUGGCUUGACGCCAACUGACUGGGGGCUCUUUCUCAAAAGCGUUGGCUGUUUCAAUUGGGCUUUCUGA